GAUCUCAAAGAUCCGCCCAAAGCGAGACCAAGAGUCUCACUUGUCCCAGUUUGUCAAGGCCUUGAAAACUCGCUCGGACUACUUCACCCGAAACGCAUGGGGCCGCGUGCAAUAAUGAGGCCUUAGGGGACAAAGAAAAUUCAGUGGUAAAAACUCUGGGAAGCUCAAAGCAUUUGCGUGCAACCCGGGCGUCUGCGCUUUUAGCGGGUCCUAGAGCUCUCCGCAUACUCUGCAUAAUAUACUUCAAGAUACAGCUAUUUCUAGAAAGGUUGUCGGAAAAACUGUGCACGCGACAAUCCCGAAAAGUAAUAUGGGAUAUGAUCAAUACACUUUUCCUGACACUGUAGCUGUCGAACCUACUUUUAUUGCUUUCCUUUAGCACUCGCAAACAUACGCCCAUGGCCUCUCUUGCCAUUGUUUGAAAUUUCUCUGAAAAACAGUGAAUUUAAAACCACCCACAAUACCUUACGGGAUUGUCGCGUGCACUUUUUCCGACAACCCUUCUCGAAAUAGCUGUAUAUCGGAUAAUGCAAACUAGAUAAGGUCUAAAUACACUGUGUCCAUACCACCCGCAGCGUUAGAAAUUAUGUUAAGCUAACUAAAGAUAUCUUUGCUUAAGAAGACUUAACCUGAAUUUAGAAUUUAGGAUGGUAUAAUAACGCACAAAUAACACUUAAUUACCUCAGGGGCACCCAACUUCAGUUUUUGGAAAAUAUCUGUUCAAAACAGGAUUUGAGAUCUAGAAUUUUCGGAACAUUUGUUGUAGAAUUUCUUGCUUGCCUGCCUCUCCUAGGAUUUUCAAACAUCUAAAAAAUGGUAUAAUUGCUCAUUUUUAACUGAUUUUUACUCCAAAAAGGUCACCUACAAUUUUCGGUAGGCUUUUUUCUAGCUGAAAUUUUUGAAAAGGUAAGCUUUGAUCCCUGUAAUUUUCGGAUCUCUAGACUUUCAGAUAGGAAAUCCGAGCAGAUGAAAAAAUUUUAGGGGAUAAAAAUGUGCCUACAUCUACCGUUUAAAUACUAAAAUACAUUCAACAAUGAUAUGUUUCAGUGGUUUUGAAUUAUAUUCUCGUUGGGUGCCCCUGCUACCUGCGCAAUUACGUUUGUCAAUGAAUUAACAAUUAAUGAAUUCGACUUUCGUAUUAUCUGAAGGGAUGUGCAGAUCAAGGACGGUUUAAUUUAUAAUACAGUGAAACCUGUAUUAAGCGGACACCGUAUUAAGCGGACAGUAGCCGAAGUCCCAAAAUUUAUUUCCCUUCUGUAUUUGCUUUAAAUGAAACCUUUAUUAAGCGGACACCUCUUUUAAGCAGACGCGGACACCUAAAAAACACCUGAAAUGGUCAUUUCUAUUGUUACCAACCUGUAUUAAACGGACAUUUGUAAUCAAAUGUCACCACCCAACAUACCAGACACCGGAAAUGCAAAGAUUAUCUCGAAAUACCACCCACAAAUUUUUCUAUUUUUACAUUAAAAAAGGUGACUUGACGAACACUGAUUUGAUUAAUUUCACAGUACAGUAUUGUUUUCUGUUUCGUUCUGUUUGUAUAGAGCUUGUUUCACUCAUCUGAUUUCUUCAAAUUUGAGUUGCAAUCUAUGUUUAUGGAAUUAUGAUCAACUGGUCCACUUUGAUAAAGAAAUUAAUGCAAACGUAUAUCGUCAAAAUCUCUGGGAGUAUUCUUCACCUUUCCACUGUUUAUUGAAAUGGCAUUUGACACCUCAUAUGACUGAUCUAUCGAAACCUGUAUUAGGCGGACACCCUGUAUUAAGCGGACACUACAGCAUUCCCCGAGGGUGUCCGCUUAAUACAGGUUUCACUGUACUUCAAAAACAAGCUAAAUAACUAUGCUAUACCUCGAGCGAUGUUAUUGAAAUAGCAGUUGUCGUCCAUCUAGUUGUAUUUUUGCUCUCCUUACUAUGUCAUUAGGCAGCAGUUCGGGAAUUUUCUCUUCGCAAAACGUGCCAAGUUUUCCGCAUUUUUUUCCAGGACUAUAUAAUUAGAGACCUUUAGAUUCGAGGAAGAGAACCACUACGAGUACGAGAUUUGAUUCAAAGUUUUUUCGCGUAUUCUCAAAAAAUAGACAUCCCGGAAUUCUUCAUUGUACUUUUUUUCACCAGUAAAGUUAGAACUGUUAUCGUUAUUGAAGGAGGUUGAGCUCUUUCCCGAUUCCAAACUGCUAAAACUUCUAACAUUUGAUAACUUGUUCCCGCCGCCACGACACUCUUGUUAAAACUCGUAGUAGAAUGACGACGGCUACAACGUUUUCCCGCCAAAAUGACGCUGCCUCACGCGCGAGCAGUACUUAGCAUUGAGAAAAUCUCGUACUCGUAGUCGUUCUCGUCUUAGAAUCUAAAGCUCUCUACUAACAGCUGAGCGACUGCAACCUCGUCCCAAGGGCUUCUAGGCAGUCGUACCUUUUUUCUUUCGAUAUCCGGUACUAUUGGCGUCAUUUUGCUAGCCUGGGAUAUGGCAAAUGUCUUGCAAAUAAAUAGUCAACGCUAGCUGGAUAUAAAGAAUUAGUCGGGGAAUUUGUGUCAAUCAGAAACAGAGAAACAUUUUGAAUACAUACCAAAAAAUAAGAGCUAGAGUUAAUCGGUGAUUAUAUAUCUAAGUACGUUUGCCUUUGUUGGUGUAUUAACGUUUCAGCUUCAUUACCGGAAGCUGACCAACAAACACACCAAUAAGAUAAGAUAUUGUGAAUAGGUUGUAAAUAGGAUAUAAGCUCACCAAGGUAAAUAUCUACGUACCUCCCAAAAUAUAUUUUGUUAAUCCUAGAGUAUGGACAAACCUAGGAGGGGAUCGCAUGCGGUUUUUUUGUUUGAAACUGUAUAAUUUACAAAUGCGCGAAAGCGUGGGAGCCUGGAAGAGAAUCGUGCAUGGCUUCUUGCGUGAAACAACUUCAAGCGUUUGAAAGAAAUACUCAAACGUUUGCCUUUGUUAGUAUAUUGAUGUUUCAGCUUCAUUACCGGAAGGUGACCAACAAACACACCAUUAAGAUAAGAUAUUGUGAAUAGGUUGUAAAUAGGAUAUAAGCUCAACAAGGUAAAUAUCUAUAUACGUCCGGCUCCCCAAAUGGAUUUUGUUAAUCCUAGAGUAUGAUCAAUAAUUCGGACAAACCUAGGAGGGGAUUCGCAUGCGGUUUAUUUUUGGUUGAAACUGCAUAAAUUACAAAUGCCCGACAGCGUAAGAGCCUGGAAGCAAAUCGUGCAUGGAUUCUUGGGUGAAACAACUUCGAGCGUUUGGAAGAAAUACUCAAACUACUGAAACUCAAAUAUCAGAAAAGCAGACAUCGUGUUUUAUAUUGCUAUCCCAGACGAGUAGGUUUUGACAACAAUACCCUAAAACAACCAAUUACAAACAUAGAAAUUCACGGGUAAAAUUCUACUUCCUUUAUCUCGAUCUGUGUUUUAUGUACAAACAUGCCGCACUUAAAUGGUGAGAUUCUUCAAUAAAGUGCAAAUAAUGUUAGCUGUCUUUAUUUGCCUUUGUACAGGGUGUCAACGCUUUGAGUUACAAGAAAAAACGGUAGGGAAGAGACGCUAGCUCACCGAUAAUGGCCCAAUACUUCGAAAACAGUUUUAAAUUUCAUUUCCUCGCCAAACUUACCAAAUGUUGCCUCGCAAUACCCACGUGAGUAUGAUAAUAAUUUACUUCUUAUGUAACGCAAAAUAUGACAUGUAAAUAUGAUCCACUCUCUGGCAUGAAAAGAAAUUAAAGUUUCUACGAAUUAUCUUGAAUCUUAAAUUAACACAUAUUUAAUCAAUUUUUUUUUUUUUUGUGAAUGCAGUUUUUUUUUACUUACUAGCACUAAAAUUAGAAUCUGUUAACAUUUGUACCUAGUAACAGACAUUGUUUUUCUAAAACAUUGGCAACAAAUAUCAUCCAUCAUCCACUCAGUUCACUGUUUUAGCCACUUUUGUGCUCUUCGGUUGCCCAGGGUUAAAUUUCGAAUAGUCGACAUUGAUAAAAAAAAAAGUUCCGAAAGUCAACUGCCCACUGGCGACAUUGCCUUCAAUUGUUCCUAUUGUUACGUAAUUUAAUGCAUGCCGAGCUUAUUGCUUUUAGCACAUUUACCCACUUUUAUUGAUCGUGCAUAAAACGAACAAGUUUAUUGCUUUUUGCUUAUAAUUAAAAGCCAAAGGUCUUUGGAAAAAUAAAGUAUCUUGAAUUGGUGGAGUGUUUUUUAUGAAGGGUUUCAAGUUUAAUAGGCAAUAUAACUGAUACAGUCUCAUAGCCCUCCUGCAAAAUAUGACAUGUAAAUAUGAUCUAGCGCUCUUUGCAAUGAAACCAAACUAAACUGAGUGUGAAAACGAACUCUUCAAGAAUCAAUAAUGUCAUUAGUGAUAUUUAACUGAAGAAUCACUUUCCAAAAAUAUAAAAAUGAUUAAAAUAUUUGAAUAUAUUGUAACGACUGGGAUUGUUAUUAAAGAAAAAUGUCUGUCUUAAAUGAUGCGCUGUAAGAAGAGUUUUAUAAGAAUUUAAAUUAUUUACUGCUCAGAGAACAUUCUAAAGUUUGGCACCCGCUAUAAAUAACCUGUCUCCAAAUGUGUCUUAAUAAGGGGUUCUGAGAAGCGAUAAUUACAAUUCAGACUUGACAUUAGUAUAUCUGGUUCAAACACUCAUUAAUAAUUUAUAAAGAAAAAGCAAAAGCAUUUAAUUUUUUAAUGAAUGUCUUUUUAUCUGAUAAAGACAAGGCUAAACUUAACAUUCAAUUUUUUAGACCAAAUAAACCCCAAAUCUAAAUAUUAGUGCAAGAAUGAGUUGAUCUAUACUGAUCAGAGAUUUUGAAGCCGUUUGAAAAACUUGCAGUCGUGUAUUAUCAUGUUUAAAAAAAACUCUCGGCUUCGCUUCGAUUUUUGAAACCUGAUAAUACACUCUUGCUCGAUUUUUAAACAGUACAGAACGUUGCUUAACGUUAAUGUCUUGAGCUGCUAGCACGUGAGCGUUACUGGAAUAAAGACAGGAAACCAUUGAAAAGAAACCAGAACCAGGAUUUUGCAUAAUAUGGUAAGAACAUGGAAGCGAGCCAAAAAGUCGGACAGCACUAGUACUGUUCUGUAUACGUUGCAAUGAGCUUGUUAUUAAGUAUAGUUUUUAAACCAUGCCACGUUAUUCAAUACAUUCAGUAAUGAAUGCAUGAACAAGUGUUUGUACUGAGUUACAAAGUCGUACAUGUCUUCUCCAUAUGACAACGCCAAGUCCAUGUUUUCAUCAACAAAUCAAAACGAAUUAUCUUUAUGAUAUUUGGUGUUUUACUUCUUUUAAUCUUUUAAUUGAAAAUAGUUUUCUAUUUAUAUUAUUACCUGUAUUAGUGUAAUGUUUAUAUGUUUAGUGUGGUUUUUUGUGCUUUGUUGUUCAGGGCUCCCAUUGAUAACAGACGGCUUUUUGCGUCUGAAGGGGCUACCCUGAGCGGUAUAAAUUAAUAAAGGUUCUUCUUCUUCUUCUUCUUCUGAUCAGCCAAAAAAAACAAAACAAAACAAGCAGACAACCAAAGUGUGAACAAAAAUCUGCAAGGCUGAUCGUACUAUGCAAAAAAGAAAAUUAAAAUAUCUUUUAAAAAGACCAUAGACACCAGUAAAGCUUCAAUAGAGCGGUGUUGUAGACAGCUUCUUUUGCAAUUUUUUGCGGCUUCAAAAAACGGAGCAAUAACAGAGACGUUCUGCUAAAAUUUUCGCACAGAAGAGAAAAAGACGAAGAAGAAGAAGAGACUAUAACACAUUAAAAGUAAUGAGAGAUCCUAUGGAUAACAAUUUACAGACUGAGGCCUAGGCCAAACGUUGAACUUUUCAUGAGACAAACCAAACUCUAAAUUAGUUGGGUCGACCUAAAUUAAGUUAAGAUCGUCUGUUGGGUCAGACGUAAGCUGUUCCAGGCUCUCAGUUAGUGGGGAAGACGCGAAAGUGAAAGGCACGCGAAAUGUUGGCCGGGCGUGUUUGCGCUUUGUCAAUUCAGCAGACCCGACUAUCUCGGAGCCUGGAACAGGGUAGGUCAGACGUCAAACUUAGGACGCGUCGAACCAAUCAACUGAAUCAGAGCAAAAAGCAUUUUUAGCCGAGCGAGGCUAAAUACACAUACAUUAUUAUAUGAAUUUUCAAAUUAUUAGUUUUUUUCGUCGCAUGUGAAGAUCGACUUUUGUCUCGGAGACGAUCGUCAGACCCAAACUAGCGUUUGGUCCUCUCUAUUCCUGCUUUAACAUAGCUCCUCCGAAGCGAUGUUACAAUUGCCUGUUUAUACGAACCCAUAAACAAUAAUGUUGGAAUUGACUUGCUUGGCAUUUUGGUAGAAACGGAAUGACAGUAGUUGUCGACCACAAUUUACAAUAAUUGCAAUCAUUCCUCCCCCAGUGUCUGAAGGAUCGGCAGUCUGAAUUUCAUUAUAUUAUUCACAUUGUCCACUCUCUGGCAUGAAAAAAAGCGUCUACGAAUUAUGUAGAAUUUCAAAUUAACAGAUAUUUUAUUUAUUAUUUUUUUGUGAAUAAAGUUUUUUUUUUACUUACUAGCACUAAAAUUAGAAUCUGUUAACAUUUGUAUCUAGUAACAGACAUUGUUUUUCUAAAACAUUGGCAACAAAUACAAUCCAUCAUCUACUCAGUUCACUGUUUUAGCCACUUUUGUGCUGUUCGGUUGCCCAGAGUUAAAUUUCAAAUAGUCGAGAUUGAUAAAAAAGUUCCGAACGUCAACUGCCCACUGGCGAUAUUGCCUUCAAUUGUUCCGAUUGUUACGUAAUAAAGGGAACACCCACUUUUCGUGCAUGCCGAGCUUAUUGCUUUUUGCACAUAUACCCACUUUUAUUGAUCGUGCAUAAAACGACCAAGUUUCUUGCUUUUUGCUUAUAAUUGAAAACCCAGGCUCUUUUGAAAAAAUAAAGUAUCUUGAAUUGGUGGAUUGUUUUUUUAUGAAGGGUUUCAAGUUUAAUACGCAAUAUAAUAUACAGUCUCAUAGCCUACCUGCUCCUUCACUGGAACCGCUCUCGAUUCAUCCUAAUUAAGAUAUUAAGGCAAGGUCGAAAAUACAUAUACUGUUCGUCAGGAUUUCAGCUCUUGUUAAGUGCUUUUGUCAAUUUGAUUAAUAGGAGUAUUUAUUUCUCGGAGCUUGUCCUUUGACAGAUUAGUUCUUUUUCAGUUAGUGGCGUGAACACUAAAAGGUCAGUCACAAGCGACUGGCACGGUUGGAUACGACAAAAAGAACGGUUAGAGCAGCUGUGAAGUUCCUUUGACAAUAGUCUUAGGUAUGUAUCACCUUUCAUUGAUGAUAUAACUUACACAUCGAACACCUUUAAUUACACCUAUCAGAUUUCGAGCAAAGACUAUUAACUAAUGCCAUUCCACUUUUUGAGUCUGCGACCCCAGAAAUGCUUUGAUAAAAUUGACACCUUUCUCGAGGCACUCGAAAUUUGGUACAAUUUGUUUUCUAGGAUUUAAAAAAGUAAGGUUGAAGUUUUUUUGUUGUUGUUUUGUUUCAUGAAUUUGCGCUUUAACCACCAUUAGGACAGUCAAGCAAGGUCAAUUUCUCUCAUUUUUUGAUAUCAUAUCAGUUGAUUUUAUUGUUGUUUUUAUGCUUUGUGAUCGAAUUUUAGAAACCUUGAAAUGAUAUCAGUAAUAACGUUGUUGGUGUUGUUCACUACCAUUGGUGCUGUCUAUAGCGAUAGCGGUAAGUUGUGAAUUAUGUGAUGUACAAGACAUAACAACUAAAACCGUAUUUUUGUCCCCAACAUUUGCAGUUAUUGUUUGAAACUAUACUCCCAGUAUAGCUUAUUAGGAUGUAUACCUGUGAUUUCGUAAACUCGUUUCAUAUCGUCAAAACCCGAUGCUAUAGCGUUUUAGGGUGUGGCAAAUAACGCUGUCCUUUCGCUCAUAUCUUUUUACUUUUUAUCGUUAUUGUUAAUAAGCUUACAUAGAACAUCUCUACUGAGAGUAGGCUUUGAUAGAUUGUGUUGGCAAAAGUAGCAUAAUGUGCUACUAAUAGUGCUCCUAUAUUUCUAAAAUUAUGCCAACAACUGUGCUGGUUUUGUAAAUUAUGCUCAUCUUUUAGCCAAAAAUGCAGAAAUCGUGCUUCAGCUUUUUACUAAAUUGAGUAAAAACACCUAACAUCUAUGUAAAACACAAGUAAAUGGCAAACACACUUACCCUAUUUUCAUGUAGAAACUUUAAGAGGGCAUGAUUCAUUGUUUAACACCUUUAAAGACUCAAUCAAUUAACAACCAACAAGCAGACGCCAUCUUGGGUAACCGCCGAGCGACCAACAAGUCAUCAAGUGACAAAGAAACUAUAAAGAAGCUUUCUGGGGUAUAUACGCUGCAAAACUCAAGCCUCUCAAACCCCCCUCACCCGUCUACCUUCAGUUGUAGAAUCAGGAUAAACCCAGAUUUUUGCGUUUUCACCACCAUCAACGCAUCACCAAAGUUUCGUUGUUCACUAGCCCCUUUAUUUAUAGUUACCUUUAUUAUGUUUAAUUGUAUCUUUUUCAGAGGGAAAAUGGGGCUAUGUAAACAUCACAGAAGAUGGCGGUUAGUAAAACUGGAGCUACAUAAACCUUUCGUUAGUUACUGUCCUUCUGUAUUAGAGCGAACUUUGAUCUGGUAUGCAAAAGGCAAUUUGUUAAAGAACCUCGAGAUCUGGGAAAUCCAUGACAGUUUCUUGAGAAUAGUAAAUCCUAAAGAGGCGUUCAAAGAAGAUACAGCCAUAGAAGACAGCAUAAGCUUUAGACCCAGACGAGAAUAAGGCAUGUUAUAAGACAGAUAUUUCUCGUCCACCUUAAUAUGACUUUGAAUGGCUUCUCCUUCAUUCUAAUCUAACUUACCCGCUGAAGAGAUUUCAGUUUAAUGAACAUAUAGUGUAGAAAUUAGUUUGGUAAUUCAUACUAAACGUAUUAUUAGUGGAAAAGUUUCGUGCGACUUUCAAACAAAUCAUGAGUAAAGUCAGAUUGACUCGCUCACGAGCCUUUUUAACCCAGUGAUAAAUUCGUGAAUUUGUUUUGGCGUCUCAUUGGUUGAUUGAAUUAAUUAUCUUACGUUAUGUUUGAAGCGGUUGGUUCUGAAACAAACUGCACGGAACUGCGUCGGUUUGGGAGUCAAACAGGAACUAAUACUGAGUUUUAUCAACUACAAUUAGUUUUGUCAACGUUGAUAAAGUCACAUAUAACCACCAUUAUGAGUGUUCCGUCGGAUUGGGAUCGAGUGAAACGAGAACAAUAGUUCUAUAGUUUAUAAAAUUAGCUUUUAUCAUCUUAAAAGUGCGUUAAUAAAACCAAAUUUAACGAAUUUCAAUACUCUCAUGAACACCUGAUUUUAAAGAGCAACUGCAAGCUACCUGGCUUUUAUCGUCGUCUUUUUAAUAGAAGCGACUACUACGGCAUGUUUUAGGUCAGAGCGAAUAACGCAAGUUUCGCUCCAACGAAUGUAGGCUUUUGUACAUUACGCUUUUAAUUUGUUUCCCCACAUCCCUGUUCGUUAUAGUGAUGGGUCCGGAAGAAUGGCACAAGCUGGAGAAUCUGGAUAAACGCAAUCAGUGUGGUGACGAUAAACAAUCCCCAAUAAACAUCAAAACAAGCGAGGUUGAGGAAGAAAGCUACCGUCGUUUAAAAAUCACUUUUGACAACACAAGGGGACUUGUUACUGGAAAGCUUAAAAACAAUGGACAUUCACCUAAACUUACAAUUGCUGAUUCCAAUGGAGCUUCAUUAACUGGAGGUCCCCUGGGGAAUAACAAAUUCGAAUUGCUCGAGUUUCAUGUUCACUUUGGCUGUGUUAAUAAACGCGGGUCUGAACACAAGCUCAAUGGAAAACAACUGUCUGGUGAGGUAAGUGAUAACAACGACGUGAAACGUUUUUCUUUUACAUUUGACUCAGUUCGGUAUUUUAGUGUUCUCAUAUCCUGCAUGGCCCGUGAUAUCUUUGUUAAGGGAAACGACUGCAAUGGUCGAAAUGAUUACCCAGGAAGUUACAUUUCCAAUAUUCAGUGCUGAGCCAUAUUACUCGCAAUUUCAGGCGCAGUGCUUUCUUGAGUGAUCUUUCAGUGGGCAACAAAGUGGGAGUAUGCAAAACUUGAAAAAGAGUAACCAGAAGUUAUUGUUGUAUAGGAAACAUCUUACUAUUUAGACACUAAACGAUCAAGUGCCUCUACUAGGUCCCUACUUGAACCAACUCAUCGGGAGUGACCUUAAACUUCUCUUGUCUUCCCCAGCUUCACAUGGUAUUUGGUCAUGGUGAAGAACCACGAGCUGUUGUAGCCGUUUGGAUUAAGGUACAACCUGCAGUCUACCUUCCUUCCAGCAAUUCGUCCUCUAUAUAAACAUUUCAACUUACAUAUGUAGAGCACCCUUCCCCUCUCCUUCCCCUCCUUCCUAAAGAAGUAAAAUCCUAUUCUUGCAAAACGUAGCUAUAACCAUCCAGAGACAAAAAAAUUCCAAUAAUUCAGAGCAGUUUGCUAUGAAAGUGCUAGUCUAUUUACUCAAGAAUAUUUUUUAUUUCCUUUAAAUGAAAUAAGGCCGAAAUGUAAAGCAUACAGAGACUUUCAUUAAUUUUUAACCAGUUGUGUCACCUUCGAAAAAAACAGGCACCUAAACCAGUCAAAAAAAUUAAAAUAAUGAAUUCUUGAGAAGUCUAUUUGGAUGCACCUCAAAAUAAUUAUGUGUGACUUGAAGUGGAAAUUAAAAUUAUAACAAGCCUUUUUGGAAGAUGGCGUCAUUUCACUUCUAUGACCAUAAUCCUUUCGUUUUUCCUGUUCAUAUAUAAAUUUGGUAAUCCCAGCGAGGUUGCAAUUACCAAAGCCCUAAUUUGAAACAAAGCAAACCCAUGAAGGAUUCUGGUCGUAGUAUUAGAGGAACGUCAUCUUGACGUCAUUCUAAAUUGUUUAAUUAUUAUAGGCAGCUUCCGAGGGAAACAAAAUUUUUGGAAAGUUGGCAAAUCUGAUGCACCACAUUAUCAAGCCUGGUAGGUGUUUUAGAGAAACUAUAAGCGAAGAAUACGGAAACAGCCAAAACCCAUCACCAUUUAGAAGCUACCAUUUAAUUGUGAUACCAUAG